AGAAAUUUACCCCGCGAAACAGAAUCCCGCGACCGUCGAGCAAAAGCUCGACCAUCGUCUCCAUCUCCGCCCGCACUCGCCGUCGAUGAAGUGCCCUUCGAUCGCGUGCCUAUGGCCUCCUUCUCCGCCCUCCCACCGCGUCACCGCCACCGUUGCCGUCGGCUCCCCUCCGGCCCUCUACACUGGCGCCUCCGAUGGCUCCAUUGUCUGGUGGCUUCUCUCUAACUCUAACUCCGAGAUCCGCCCCAUCGCGCUUCUCUGUGGCCAUGCUGCCCCGAUCGUGUCCCUCAUUCCUUGCGUCUCAUACGCCGAGCCAUCCCUCGUCAGCGCUUCUUCUGAUGGCGUUCUCUGCGUCUGGAGCCGGACCACCGGCCGUUGCCACCGCCGUCGGCGACUUCCCCCAUGGGUCGGGACUCCCGUCGCCAUGUCUCGCCUCCCAUCGUCCUCAGGGAAUUUGUGCGUUUCGGGUGUCUCUCAUGAUUCGAUCGCCGUUGUCGUCGUCGAUUCCCACGGUCUCAAUGUCGUGCAGACAGUAUUCCACGGGAAUCUUGUGAUUUCUAGGCCGGUGAAAUCCGUGGUCGUUGAGGAUGGAGGCAAGGAUUUGACUGUGAUCUUGGUGGAUGGACGAGGGCGAUCUCAGUUGUUGCCUGUGUCGAAGGAUUCUGAUUUUGGUGCGGGAUCUUCGAGUACUAUGCCGAGAAGUUCUUCUCUUUCUUCUUCUGAUCUUGCGAACUAUAGUUCCGGAGAGGGUUCAUCCGAGGAUGUUGAAGCUGUGGCGGUUGAAGCCCAUGGGGAGCUCUUGGCUGUUAUCUUUAGGGCUCGCUGUGAGUUUAGGUCGGUGAAAAAUGGAGUUUUAAUUGGUGAGAUCUCUUCUAAAGAGCCGUGUUGGAUUGGUGGAAUGUUUCUUGAGACAGAUGGAUCUGGAAUGCAGGGCUUGAGUGGAGACAAUGUGAGGAGCUUCGCCAUUUGGAGUGCUAAUGGUGCUGCGAUGAUAUACAGUAUAUACAGCUCUGGUUUUUCGGAUUCUCCAUUGAAGUUUGAGAUUGUAUGUGAAAUUUCAGCUUUGUCUCAUUGCUCUAGUGAGACAGCAAUAGUUUUAUUCUGUGAGUUGGAUCAUUCACUCAUUCGUCUUGAAUCGCUCUGUAUGGCAGUGGGAGAUUCAUUUCUGUGGAAGCCCCAUGUCAAAAUGUGGUCAGUUUCCGAAUUUGAAUCACAGAGAGAUGGUAGCUUGGGGAAUAAUUUGAGCAGGAGUAUUGGAGAAGGUGGUUUUCCUGGUGAUCUAAUUUGGAGUUUCUCUUCCCUAAACCUUAAUGAAGAUGAGAAGCAAGGAAAGGAAGUGUUAUGGCAACCCACUGCUUCUGGCUCCAACAGUUAUGAUCCUGCAAAUGGACAACAAGGACAUAACAAUAGGAAUGUGCAGAAAGAACGGUUUGUGUCAUCCUCUAUGGUACUAUCUGAGGAUUUUUGUGCACCAUAUGCAGUGGUUUAUGGUUUCUAUAAUGGUGAAAUUGAAGUGGUGCGGUUCUUGAAUUUAGUGCUUGAGACUGAUUCAGAUGUUGGAAGUCCCCGCUACCUCAUUGAUCAGAGUAUGUCUGAACAAAUUUUCACAGGGCACACCGGUGCAGUUCUUUGUCUGGCAGCACAUCAAAUGGCUGCCUCUUCAGAUAAUCAAAGCUUGAAUCAUGUAUUAAUAUCAGGAAGCCUGGAUUGCACGGUUCGAGUAUGGAAUUUGGAUAAUGGUUGUCUUCUUUGGAUAUUGCACCAUCACAUAGCUCCAAUUAAGGAAAUUAUACUUCCACCACCACAGACUGCUCGACCUUGGAAUGAUUGCUUUCUUUCUGUAGGUGAGGAUGGUUGUGUGGCUCUGGUCUCUAUCCAGACAUUGCGGGUGGAAAGAAUGUUUCCUGGGCAUCCAAGUUGUCCAUCAAUGGUCGUCUGGGACAGUAGAAGAGGCUAUAUAGCUUGUCUUUGCAGAAAUACCUCAGAAUCCUCCGAUGCAGCUAGCAUUCUGUACCUUUGGGAUCUGAAGACAGGUGCUCAGGACCGUGUGAUUCGUGGCACAGCAUCUCGUUCAAUGUUUGAUCAUUUCUGUAGGAGUGCUAGCGAAAAUACUGGUAUCAGAAAUAUAUUUGGUGGCACAACUUCAGCAUCCUCACUGCUUCCUCUUUUUGAGGAUGCAAGCUUUCCUCAAUCUCAUGCGAGAAAAACUGAGAAGGGGGCGACUUUAGGGAGAAGUCCUGAUCAUGCUGAAUUAGAUUAUUCUCUUGCACAAAGAAUUAAGGGAAAAAGUGCAACUCAUGAUACCAAUCUUGAGUUAGCUGGAAAUACUCCAGUGAGACAUGGUAGAUCAAAUCAGUUUUAUCAAAGUAGAAAACAUCCCAUCAGGAGUUCUUGCCCAUUUCCUGGAAUUGCAUGCCUCAAAUUUGAUCUCUCAUCUUUGAUGUUGCCCCGGGAUCCGAAAAACAAUGAUAAUCAAGUGAAAUCUAAUGUUUCUGAUCAUGAAAAAAAGGAACCCAUCUUGGUACAUGGAUCUCCCGGAGAUAAUUCUGAUGUUCAAGGAAUUGAAACUCAUUUCAGUAAAGAAUCCCUAGAAAUAUGUUUGCUCAAAUUAAGCUUAUGUUUUCUGCAUUUAUGGGGCAUUGAUCAUGAGCUGGACAACUUAUUAUUGGAUGAAAUGAAUAUUAGCAAGCCAGAAGGGUUCUACAUUUCCUCUGGGAUGCUAGGAGAUAGAGAAGCCCUCACUUUGAUGUUCCCUGGUUUGCAAGCUACUCUUGAGCUUUGGAAAUCUUCAGCAGAAUUUUGUGCAAUGAGAUCUCUGACCAUAGUGUCUAUUGCUCAGCGAAUGAUCAGCUUAUCCCACUCUACCUCUGCAGCAAACAGUGCCUUGGCAGCAUUCUACACACGGAAUUUUGCAGAGAAAGUUCCAGAUAUAAAGCCUCCAUUUCUCCAGCUCUUGGCAAGCUUUUGGCAAGAUCCUAGUGAACAUGUGCGAAUGGCUGCACGUUCUUUGUUUCAUUGUGCUGCGCCACGUGCUAUUCCUCAUCCUCUUUGUGGAGAGAAAAUUGUACUUAUCGAUGGUCUUAUGAGUCAUAUUCCUGCCACAGAAGCAAGGGAAUCUUCAAGAAAUGAUGAGUCCUUGUCAAGAAAUUGUAUGGAUUCAAACACAUCCAUUGAUGACCCCAGAACUGAUAAAGUUAAGUCAAGCAUUAUUGCAUGGCUGGAAUCAUUUGGAGUUCAGGAUUGGAUUUCUUGUAUUGGGGGGACAACACAGGAUGCAAUGGCCUCUCAUAUUAUUGUUGCAUCUGCCCUAGCUGUUUGGUAUCCUAGCAUAGUAAAAGAUGAACUAGCCAAGUUGGUUGUGAACCAACUAAUUAAGUUGGUUAUGUCCACACAUGAUCAGUACAGCUCGACAGCAGCAGAGCUUCUUGCAGAGGGAAUGGAAAGUACAUGGAAAGCAUGCACAGGUCCUGACAUAACUCAUUUAGUCGAAGAUAUAUUUUUCCAGAUUGAAUGCUUAAGCAGUACGCCAGCUAGUGGUUCAGUUCAAAAUCCCACAGUUGCUUUUAAUGUUCGGGAGGCUUUGGUGGGAAUUCUUUUGCCAAGUCUAGCUAUGGCUGAUGUACCAGGAUUUCUAAAUGUUAUUGAGGGUCAAAUCUGGGCUACUUCUUCAGACUCACCUGUUCAUCUUAUUUCACUCAAAACUCUUAUUAGGAUCAUACGCGGUUCUCCAAAAGCCUUGGUUCCUUAUCUGGAUAAGGCGAUAAAGUUUGUUUUACAAACCAUGGACUCUGGGAACUCAGUCAUGCGGAAGACUUGCCUCAACAGCUCCAUGAUUACACUAAGGGAAGUUGCUCGUGUUUUUCCCAUGGUUGCUUUGAAUGAGACAUCAACUCGAUUGGCUGUUGGUGAUGCUAUUGCAGAUAUUCACUAUGCCACCAUUAAAGUGUAUGACAUUGAAAGUGUUUCACAAAUAAAGGUUUUGGAUGCAAGUGGACCUCUUGGUCUUCCUAGUUUACUUGGAUCGUCAGAAACAAAGAUGGCAACAGCAAUAACAGCAUUAAGUUUUUCACUGGAUGGCGAGGGCCUGGUUGCUUUCUCUGAGAAUGGUCUGAUGAUCAGGUGGUGGUCAUUGGGAACUGCAUGGUGGGAGAAGCUCAGCAGAAAUGUUGUUCCUGUCCAAUGUACCAAACUUAUUUUUGUCCCCCCUGAAGGGCUUUCUCCAAAUUCUUCUAGAUCAAGUAUAAUGGCUAGCAUAGCAGGGCAUGAUAAGCGAGUUAAUUCUCAGGAAAAGACAAGGGAAAUGGAUGAUGCUGACACACUGAGGUUAUUGCUUCAUAAUCUUGACCUUUCAUAUCGGCUUCAGUGGAUUGAUGGAAGAAAAGUCAUACUCACUCGCCAUGGCCAUGACUUGGGUUCCUUCCAAUUGUAAUCAUAUCAAAUACAACUGCUUUUGGAAGAAAUUUCCAGUAAAUUUUUGCAAGAAGAAUGUCUCUCCUCCCAUAAAGCAAGUGUGAAUUACAAAUCUGUCACAAAGAAACAAGUGAGAAUUCCAGCAUUUGCAAAAUAUCUGUAAUGAUAGAUGAAGCCUGAGGGACCUGUGACGAGAUAACUUUUUUUUGUGAAGCAUAAGCAAGUGCAUUUAUUCAUCUUGCCGAGUGAAGUUUAGUGAUUUCAAAAGUGCGAGAGGAAUUGAAUCUGUUUGAGAAGAGGGCUCAAAGUCUCCAUCAGCUUC